AUGUCGCCGUUUCCUGGUUACGCAUUCUUCUUCAUCUUCCUCCUUGCCCACAUUGUCCCCGGCAGAACUUUGCCAGAUGAUGCGCGGGAAAGUUUCAUGAGGCUGGAGGAUAGUCAAACUAGCGGAACCUGGGAGCUCAGAAAAGAAUUUCUACGUUCCGGUAGCCUCUCCAAUGACGAACCCACAAAAAAUCAUACUGUUUUGUACGAUGAAGAGUUGGAGCCCGCUGAUUCACCGAAGCAAAUGAGUACGGGUUUCACUGUCACUGGGAAUCUCAAUAACGAUACCAUGAUCACAGUUCCGAAUUGUAGAAAUCCUGACAGAUUUUCCUUUUUUGAAGGUAUGGCGAGGUGGAAAAGACCAUCUCCGAUGAAACUAACCUACGCUUUCUCGCCGGCAAAUAUGACCAGCCAAUUGAGUGUAGCGGACCUUAGUGCAGCCUUCGCACUGGCCUUCGGGCGGUGGUCAUCUGUGAUUCCGAUGAAAUUCAUUGAGAGGAAUGAUACACUACACGCUGACAUUAAAAUCGGAUUCUAUUCCGGUGAUGGGCCGCUCGGUAUUGCGGCCAACUCUUACCCGCCAGAAUUUGGGGUUCUCAGUCUUGACCAAGGUGAAAUGUGGGCUACUGAUGAAUAUAAACUAGGGUUAAAAGGAGCCAUUGAUUUGGAAUCGGUGGCACUCCAUGAGAUCGGUCAUAUACUAGGAUUGUGUCAUUCUACAAAUAAGAAGGCGAUCAUGUACCCAACACUAAGUCCUAAUACUAAAAAGUUUGAGCUCUCAAAGGAUGAUGUGGAUGGGAUACAACAAUUAUAUGAGUCAAACCCUAAUUUCAAACAUGGUCCCUGGGAGAGUUCGAGUUGGAUUACUCGAAGAAGUUUUUAUUGGAACACGUUUUGGGAAGCCAUGGCUAUUGCAAUUUGCUUGAAUUUAUUAUAA